AUGACGCCAAAUCCACAGCAUCUUCAGCUCCCUCGAGGAGAAGCACUCCAGUCCGUUGCACUAAUCAACCCUGUGAACUUUGGGCCUGCAAUUCUCCAGAGGUUCAUGGCACCUCCUGUCCCAGGUCUCGAGACUUUCAAGAGUUCGCCAUCGUUGUCAUUCUUGAUUGAGCACAAGUCGGGAAGAAAAUUGGUGUUCGACUUGGGGAUCCGAAAGGACUACGAAAACUAUGCGCCCUCAAUUGUGAAAUACCUCCCGACCACUAACUAUAACAUCGAGGUGGUGGGCAAUGUGGCAGAUAUUUUAAAGGAGAAUGGUGUUCCUUUGGAGGAGAUUGAAGCGGUGAUAUGGAGUCACUGGCAUUGGGACCACAUUGGCGAUCCUUCCACCUUCCCCUCCAAGACAGAUCUUGUUGUCGGCCCAGGGUUUAAAAAAGCGAUGCUGCCAGGCGCUCCAGCAAAUCCAGAGUCACCUAUUCAAGAGAAAGAUUAUGCUGACCGCAAUCUACGGGAGAUCAGCUUCGAAGGUCCGAACUCACUGAGGAUUGGCCAGUUCCCCGCGUUUGACUAUUUUGGGGAUGGAUCAUUCUAUCUAUUGGACAGUCCUGGACAUGCUGUAGGCCAUCUGUGCGGCCUGGCUAGAACGACUACUGAACCAGACACGUUCGUUCUGAUGGGCGGAGAUGUCUGCCAUUAUGCUGGCAUUUUCCGGCCCUCUCAGUAUCUUCCAAUUCCAAGCACCAUAUCUCCCCAUCCCUGUCACCCCGAGCACGACAGUGUUCUAUGUCCGGGGGAAGCAUUUGCACGGCUGCAGAAAUCGCGAGGAAGGGAACCAACCGACAGCCUAUUCGAUUUGACGUUUGGCCUAGACCUAGAACUAGCCACAAAGACUACUCGUCAACUGCAAGAGUUGGAUUGCAACGAAGACAUCUUUGUUGUUGUGGCUCAUGACUCUACGGUACGCGACGGUGUACCACACUUUCCGCAAAGUCUAAAUGAUUGGAAGGCUCGAGGGUUCGGUAAAGGGUUGAAGUGGGCAUUUCUUCGCGAUCUUGAGAAUUAUUGGAAAGCCGAGGGAUUACUGUAG